CAUACCUAGAGUCUGAGCAGCUUUCUGCUUCUGUACGUGACAUUGACAUGAAAGAACGGGCAGGAAAUGCUGAUGGGUUACAGGAGAAACUCCAUGCAUUUUGAGCAGUCACAUUGGUCUAAAUAUGAAUAGCACAAAUAAAGUUACACACUCGACUGCAAUUAGAGCUGAGGUGAGAAGACAUCAAAGCUUGCAAAACACCAUAAACAAAUUUCUCAAACAGUUGGAGAGGGUUGAGGACCAGCAGCUCAGGACAGGACUAAAGGUUUUCCUCCACAGCAUUCAAGCAUCAUGUGCCAAUAGCCAGGAAUGGACCCUAACUCGUGCUAUUCCAGAACUGCGAUUGGGGGUUCUGGGUAGCCUUCGCAGCGGAAAAUCUGCUCUGGUAAACAGAUUCAUCACAGGAAGUUAUCUUCCACUUGAGUCGCAUGAGGGCGGAAGGUAUAAAAAAGAGGUGCUGGUGGAGGGACAGAGUCAUUUAUUGCUGAUUCGAGAGGAAUCUGGACCACCAAGUGCACAGAUCUGCAACUGGCUUGAUGGCGUCAUCCUAGUUUUUAGUCUGGAAAAUGAAGCAAGUUUCCAGGAUGUGUACAAAAACUACAGUGAGCUAAGCGCACAUCGUAACAUUGCAGAAAUCCCCAUUAUAGCGGUUGGAACGCAAGAUAAGAUUAGUAGCACUAAUGCACGUGUGAUUGAGGACAAGAGAGUCCAGCAGCUGUGUAUAGAUGUGCGUCGCUGCACUUAUUUUGAGACCUGUGCCACAUAUGGACUUAAUGUGGACAGAGUAUUUAAUGAAAUGACUCACAAGAUUGCCGCUGCCAAGAAGCAAGCCGCCCUUCUGGCCUCCUGUAAAUCCCUCCCAAACUCUCCGAGUCACUCAGGGGCCUCGACUCCAGUGUCAGGGCCCGGACAGGCCAGUAAUGGGGGUCAGAGUAGUGAUUACCCCUCCUCUUUGCCUUCUACCCCUGUGGUAAGUCACAAAGACAUACGGGGUGGGGCAAGUGGAGAUGGGGGCUCGCAAAGAAAUCUACCCCGACGACGGACAUCUUUCUUUGCGAACCGUCGCGGGAGUGAUUCUGAAAAAAGAGCUUCUGAUAGCAGAAGUGACAUGAGCAGUCGAUCAGUUCCUAUUAAACAGGGGACUUUGUGGAAACGCAGUGAACGCUCUUUAAAUAAGGAGUGGAAGAAGAAGUAUGUGACGCUGUCAAACAACGGCAUGCUUAUGUAUCAUUCAAAUAUAAAUGAGUUUUUGCAGAAUGCUCAAGGUAAGGAGAUGGACUUAUUGCGAGUUACAGUGAAGGUGCCAGGAAAGCGUCUUCAUCGCGCAGCUACUCCCGGUGGACCGUCCCCUGGCCCUACUCUCGCCCCUGCGCCCGGUGUAAAUGGACUCAGUAAAGACAAGCAGUCAUCCGAAGGGGGAGCUACAUCAAAUCUUCUGACAGUAGAAGAGGCGUCAAGAAGUGGUUUGUCAUUUAAUAAUGAUCAGAAGGUGAAACGUUGCCCAUCAUCUGUGUCUAAUAAAGGCUUCAGUGUGGACUUGAGUAUUGAGGGGGCUACAAGUCCUCCUUUAGGAAAAGACCACAUCCCGUCUUCUCCAAUGACUGACAGGAAGAAGAAAAAACGAAACAGAAGUAUUAACUUGAAAGGAGACGCGGCGGCUGGGCAGGCUGAGGAAGAGGAGAGCGCAGACUUCAUCAUCAUAUCCAGCACAGGACAGAGCUGGCAUUUCGAAGCCCAAAGUCAAGAGGACAGGGACGCCUGGGUUCAGGCCAUCGAAAGCCAGAUCCUUGCAAGUCUACAGAGCUGUGAGAGCAGAAAUAAGGCUCGAAGGAACAGCCAAAGUGAAGCUGUUGCCCUGCAGGCCAUUCGAAAUGCCAAAGGGAACGACCUCUGUGUGGACUGUGGAGCACCAAAUCCAACAUGGGCGAGUCUUAAUCUUGGUGCUCUAAUCUGCAUCGAGUGUUCGGGCAUACACCGGAACCUGGGGACGCACCUGUCCCGCGUGCGCUCACUAGACCUGGACGACUGGCCCAGUGAACUCACAAAAGUGCUUACGGCUAUAGGCAACCAUAUGGCCAACAGCAUUUGGGAGACCUGCACACAAGGGCACCAAAAGUUGACACCUGAGGCAACAAGAGAGCAGAGGGAGUCGUGGAUCCGUGCCAAAUAUGAACAGCGGGCAUUUGUGUCGCCCUUGCCGGCUCAGUGUUCAGAGGACACAAUGUCGACAUGGUUGCUUAAAGCAGUAAUCGACAGAGACCUUCCCAGACUUCUGCUGCUCCUCGCGCACAGCACCAAGGAAGUGAUCAACGUCCCGCCAGAGGGAGCAGCGCAGCAGCAGCACAGCUCUUUACAUGCGGCCUGCCAGCUGGGCGACGUGGUCAUGACACAGCUGCUGGUCUGGUACGGCAGUGAUGUGAAGUCAAAGGAUCCGCAAGGUAGAACCGCGCUGACGUUGGCACGCCAAGCCGGCAGCAAAGAGUGUGUUGAGAUUCUUCUCCAACACGGCUGCCCCAAUGAGACGUCACCCACCUCCCCGACACCUGUUCUGUCCCGUAAAAGUAGCAUCACCAGUCUUGGACGUGUCAAUUCCAGGAGGAGGGUCUCGUAACCCAUGAACAUUCAUGAUCAUAUAAACAUUUUCUCCAGGACCAUUUUUAUUUCUUCAUACAGAGUUGUGUGUUCUGUGUG